AAUUUGCACAAACUUGAAACAUCAGGGGCCAAAAGUGUUUUUUUAGCCCAGAAGAAAACCGUUGAUUUUGGCGGGUCCGAAUCUCCAUAUAAAUAUUCCAUCUGCCCUUGGAAUCUUUUUAUUUUCUUUUCAUUUUCCUUUUUCAUUUCUCUUUCUCUCUCUUGUUCUGGAUCUACCGUCACGGCAUGGCCACUUCCAACGGUUCCGGCGACGGAAACCACCGCGCAACCCCACCGUCCGAAUCGGCGUUGAUCUUUCUCGGAACAGGCUGUUCCAGCAUGGUUCCCAACGUAAUGUGCCUCAUCCAGCCCUCCAAUCCUCCCUGCUCCGUCUGCGUUCAGUCACUGACUCUCCCUCCCGAUCGGAACCCUAAUUACAGGUGUAAUACAUCUCUUCUAAUUGAUUAUCGUGAAAGCAAUGGUGAUCACAACUACAUAUUGAUUGAUGUUGGGAAGACAUUCAGAGAGGGUGUGCUUAGAUGGUUUACUUUACAUCAGAUUCCAAGAAUUGAUUCUAUUAUUUUAACUCACGAGCAUGCGGAUGCAGUCCUUGGAUUGGAUGAUAUACGUGCUGUGCAGCCUUUUAGUCCAACAAAUGAUAUUGAACCUACUCCCAUAUACCUGAGUCAGCAUUCAAUGGAUAGCAUAGCAGAGAAGUUUCCUUAUUUGGUUCAGAAAAAACUCAAGGAAGGGCAAGAAGUACGAAGGGUGGCUCAGAUGUCCUGGAACAUUAUUGCUGAUGACUGCAAUCAACCAUUUUCUGCAUCAGGAUUAAAGUUCACUCCUUUACCAGUUAUGCAUGGAGAGGAUUACAUCUGUUUGGGCUUUCUUUUUGGUGAGAAAAGUAGGGUGGCUUAUAUAUCUGAUGUUUCACGGAUUCCUGCUAGUACAGAGUAUGUCAUUUCCAAAAGUGGAGCUGGACAGUUGGAUCUUCUAAUAUUGGACUCAUUGUAUAGGACUGGAUCACAUAAUGUUCACCUAUGUUUUCCACAGACUCUUGAAACUGUGAAGAGGUUGUGUCCAAAGCAAACCCUAUUAAUUGGAAUGACUCAUGAGUUUGAUCAUCACAAGGACAACGAAUUUUUGAAAGAGUGGUCCAGAAGGGAAGGAAUUCAAGUGCAGCUUGCUCAUGACGGUUUGAGAGUUCCCAUAGACUUAUAGUAAGGAAAGGUUAAAGCAUGUGACAGUGUAUACCGUAUACCAUUGAUCUUGGUUUGAUUACUGAUUGAUUGGAGCCUUGAUAUUUUUUAAAGAUUGUGCUCAGUUUCCACAACAGUCAAAGGAACCAACAUUUUUGCUAGAUGUGUUGGCAUUUGGGGAUAUGACAAUGAGGACUUAUUUUGAUAAAAAUCCCCAUUCUUCUAAAUAAACUCUUGAAAAGUUGUAUUAGAACAAUUUUAUGAUCAAAUUGGAAAAGAAAAUGGAUUGCUUAAAAUUUUCUUUUGCUUAAAAGCUCCACCAUAUUCUAAAUUUCUUUUGCAGACACUGUAUGGCACAACUGCUGGCUGAAAGGUGUAAUCUUCAAUCAUAUAGCAAUUGUUAUAAAUUAGUUAGCUGAAUAUUAGUUUUGCCCACACUAA